CUUCAGUCACUUCUCUCUCCUGUUGUUGCAAGGGUGGUUUGUUCUUGCCAGUCUAUACUCUUUUCGUUCACGAUGGCAGACAGGGAAACUUUGGUGCAGAAGGCUAAGAUUGCCGAGCAGGCCGAACGGUACGAUGACAUGGCCGGAGCAAUGAAGUCUGUGACGGAAGCUGGUGGUGAGCUUUCUCCCGAGGAGAGAAACCUCUUGAGCGUAGCUUACAAGAACGUGGUUGGUGCCCGCCGUUCAUCAUGGCGUGUCAUCUCCAGCAUUGAGCAGAAGGCUGAUGGCUCUGAGCAGAAGCAGGCUCUCGCCAAGGAGUACCGUGAGAAGGUCGAGACGGAGCUCCGCAACAUCUGCGACGAGGUGUUGAAACUCCUUUCUGGACACCUCAUCCAGAACUCCACCACCCCCGACUCCAAGGUCUUCUACUUGAAGAUGAAGGGAGAUUACCACCGUUAUCUCGCUGAGGUUGCCCUUGGUGCUGACCGCGACUCGAUCAUGGGUGACUCUGAGCAUGCCUACCAGGAAGCUGUGGAGAUUGCCCGCUCCAACAUGCAGCCCACUCACCCCAUCCGUCUGGGACUUGCCCUCAACUUCUCAGUGUUCUACUACGAGAUCCUGAACUCACCCGAAAAGGCAUGCAAGCUCGCCAAGCAGGCUUUCGAUGAUGCUAUCGCCGAACUCGACACCCUCAGCGAGGAGUCGUACAAGGACAGCACUCUCAUCAUGCAGCUCCUCCGCGACAAUCUCACUUUGUGGACAUCUGACAGUCACGAGGGUGAGGACGCAGACAACGACAACUAGACUAUAGGAAGCAAAAUAAAGAAAGGAGGCAGAGACAGAGAAAUUGCACUCCUGACGUAUUCUCACCUACUUCUAAUUCGAAGACUUUUGUUAGACUUGGUGACACUAUAAUGACAUCAUAUCUUGCUUUCCAUCUGUACUUCAAGUGCUAUGUUACGUUGAGCUGGCACGCUGAGUUUUCUUGUACGUUCAUGCAGUCACGUUAGCUGAGAGUAGUGAUCUCCUCAUAAGAGCUACACUAUGCGUUUGUGUCGUUUUGUAACCAGUACCCAGGGGGUUUGCCUUCUGAUCCACUCUAUAGGUCUAUUGUUGUAUAGGUCUUGCAUGUGAUUGCCUUUGGGUUUUAAAAUUUCUAUGAGUUGCUUCUCAGGUACUCAUUAGGAUUAUUAACUAGCAGCAAACCUUGAGGAUCUUCUAGCAUCA